ACUAGUUGUAGCAGCCCUGCAGCACCAGAGCCGUUUGGGAGGCGUAGUGGAGUAAAGGCAAAAGGGGAGCGGGGUAAAUGAAAACACUUUACCUGGCCUUUUAUUUUAUUUAUUUUUUUUACCGUGGGAUUUUAGCAGCCAGCGAAAAUCGCCUGACGCCACCCAGGGCAAUGCUUCGGAGACAUUUUUGAUCUGUCAUCGAGGUAAGCUUUGAGAAGAGGCUCCUUGCCCAAGUGAAGGAGUUUGUGGGCUGUGGAGCUGCUGCUCUCCAUCUGAGACGCUGACUGUCUUCCUCUGUCCAGUAUGACGGACGUGGUGAUCGUGAAGGAGGGAUGGCUCCACAAACGAGGAGAGUACAUAAAGACGUGGAGGCCGAGGUAUUUCUUGCUGAAGAAAGAUGGUACGUUUAUUGGCUAUAAGGAGCGGCCCCAGGACGUGGACCAGCUGGAGACUCCGCUCAAUAACUUCUCUGUGGCACAAUGUCAGCUGAUGAAGACAGAGAGGCCGAAGCCCAACACAUUUAUAAUCCGUUGUCUGCAGUGGACCACUGUUAUUGAGCGCACGUUCCACGUGGAGACCCCAGAAGAACGGGAGGAAUGGACUAAAGCCAUCCAGGCCGUGGCUGAUAGCCUGCAGAAACAGGAGGAGGAGAUGAUGGACUCUUCUCCCGACCCCAUGGACAUGGAGAUGUACCUAACCAAACCUCGGCAAAAAGUGACUAUGCAUGACUUUGAAUACCUCAAACUCCUUGGCAAAGGCACUUUUGGCAAAGUCAUCCUAGUGAAGGAGAAGGCCACAGGAAAAUAUUACGCCAUGAAAAUCCUUAAGAAGGAAGUAAUUGUAGCAAAAGAUGAAGUGGCUCACACACUCACAGAAAACCGUGUCCUUCAGAAUUCUAAGCACCCUUUCUUGACGGCCCUGAAAUACUCAUUCCAAACACAUGACCGCUUGUGCUUCGUCAUGGAGUAUGCAAAUGGAGGAGAGCUUUUCUUCCACUUGUCCCGGGACCGGGUAUUCUCUGAGGAUCGGGCUCGCUUCUAUGGGGCAGAAAUAGUUUCUGCACUGGACUAUUUACAUUUGGAGAGGAACGUAGUUUACCGUGACCUGAAGCUGGAAAAUCUGAUGCUGGACAAAGACGGCCAUAUAAAGAUCACCGACUUCGGGCUUUGUAAAGAAGGCAUAACGGAUGGAGCAACUAUGAAGACCUUCUGCGGCACCCCAGAGUAUCUGGCCCCUGAGGUGCUGGAGGACAACGAUUAUGGCCGUGCUGUAGACUGGUGGGGCCUGGGUGUGGUCAUGUACGAAAUGAUGUGCGGUCGCCUGCCCUUCUAUAACCAGGACCACGAGCGCCUAUUCGAGCUCAUCUUAAUGGAGGACAUCCGCUUUCCUCGUACCCUCGCCCCUGACGCUAAAUCAUUGCUCAGCGGCCUUCUUAAGAAAGAUCCCAAACAGCGGUUAGGAGGUGGGCCUGAUGACGCGAAAGAAAUCAUGCAGCACAAGUUUUUUGCUGGAAUUGUGUGGCAAGAUGUUUAUGAGAAAAAGCUAAUCCCUCCAUUUAAGCCACAGGUUACCUCAGAAACAGAUACAAGAUAUUUCGAUGAGGAGUUCACUGCACAGACCAUCACUAUCACACCACCGGGAGAAGAUGAAAACAUGGAGCCAUUUGACAGUGAGAGGAGACCCCACUUCCCCAAGUUCUCCUACUCUGCCAGUGGAACCUGUUAGAUGAACCCCUAUUCCUGUAUCAGCCUCCGCGCCACUGAGUCCAGCGCCCUCUGCCGGGUGCUUCGGGUAGCUGUUGCUCUUUUGCACCACUGACCAACGACACAUUUCCCCUUAAAACACAGAAACUGCCCUAAGCGUGCAGGCAGUCUUCCCCUGGAUUUCAUCCUCUUCAGAUUGUGGCUCUUUUCACCAUUUUUGGUUUGCUUUACAUUUCAUAAUCUUACAAACAUCAACCUUCCAGCAAUUUUAGGUUUCCUUUGUGGCCUUCGGAUAAUUUAAUUGUAUUUUUAUUUUUUUCUGAGGACGUGAGAAGGAACACAAUGAGAACAUCAGCUGACGGGUCUGAUAGCACUUCAGAAACCAAGCCAGAUAUAUAUAUAUAUAUAUAUAUAUAUAUAUAUAUAUAUAUAUAUAUAUAUAUAUAUAUAUAUAUAUAUAUACAGUAGAUCUAAUGAAAUGCCAAAUAUACUUGUUUUACAUGUAUUUAAAAUAAAAGAAGACCAAUCAUUUGGAAGAACCAAACCAUUUCUACGUUUUUAUACACUGAAAGACUCAAUUCAACAACGUGUCUUUGGGGGAGGGUGGGGGUGUAACGCAAUAUUUCAAUAGCCUAGGCUGUAUGAAUAUCAGUUCUUCUAGAUGUGUGGACUGGAAUCGUUUUGGCCCACCUGCUUUAGGCUCAGUUUUCCCCUGUAUUUAUAAUCAUUUGUACUAAAAUGUGCAAUACUGUAGCAAAUAAUAAAUAGAUUCUAGUACCAUGGUUAAGUUUAAAGCAAAGCCAAUUCAGUCAUUAGGAAAUGAGCAUUUUACACAUUUUUCUUCCCUUUAAUCCUCAAACAGUCAGGAGUUGUUCUCAUGCAUCCAACUUUUCUGGACUUUAUCCCACAUGCCAUGCAUAGUAUAAUCUUUUUGUCUUGGUACUCAUCUUCCAAUUUCCAUUCUUUAUUUACUUACUUUUUGUUGGUCCUUUUUUUUUUCCUGUAUGAAGUGCAUUAUCCGCAGUGCACAUUGCACAGCCUCAGUGAGGUACUACAGCUAGAACUACUCUAACUUUAGGGACUUUCUUUGGCUUUGAAUCCAAGGGACCCGUGUGGCAGAACCAGCUUGCGUCCUUUUGGACUGUCUCAUAUUGUAUUUUUUUUUUAUUAAUUUUUUUUUUUUUACUUGGAUGUGUUCCAUAUUUAUAUAUAUAUAUAUCUA